GCUCGGAAAUGGUGGCACUGGAAUUUAUUUCGCAGUUGGAGAAGCUACGAUUCGUAGACUCUGUUGGUCUUGACGAUUUUGCUGAUCGUUGCUCUUACAUAUUAUCCUUCACCUUGUUGGUCCUUUGUUUUUCAAUUGUCACUUUAAAGUCUUACGUUUUUGAGCCACUAUCGUGCUAUGUGCCCACUACGUUUUCCGGAUCCAACUUGGGUCCAUACAUUAAUGCCUUCUGUUGGAUAAAUGGUACUACUCCGAUGAGUGUCGACACAGAUCGUUUGGACGAUCAGAGCUACUGGAACAGUCUCGAAGAUAAAAAAAUCAAUUACUACCAAUGGGUUUCGUUGGUGCUGGCCUUGCAAGCGAUCAUGUGUUACGUUCCACGUUUGAUCUGGAGCACGAUCACCUUCAAUCGUAUUGGGACCAAUCUCGGUUUUCUAAUCGAGUCAGCUCAAGCCGCAUCAAAGGAGACCGGUAAAGAGAGAACAAGUCGGGUUCAGUUUGUCGCAAACGUCAUGGAUACGUUACUCUUCGCUCGUCGGGAUCUUCGCAAAGGUAACGAUCACACUCGUCCCCGUGGAGCACUGACAACUUGCCUCCAGGGCAUUCAUGAUCUGUUCCCUAGGAAGCGUUUGGGCACAGCACUAGCCAGUUACUACAUACUUGUGAAAUUUCUCUACUUUCUCAACGCAGUAGUGCAGCUCUUGAUCAUGCAACGUUUUCUCGGCGCGACUGGACAGUAUCAGUUAUUCGGUCUGAGUAUACUGAAUGACCUCCUCAUGGGCCGCCAAUGGAAUGAAACGAGUAUCUUUCCUCGGGUCGGUUUCUGUCGAGUGCCCAUCAAGCUGACGAGUACCCCUAUACCAAUGGUAACUGUGCAAUGUACCCUACCUGUGAACAUGUUGAACGAGAAGAUCUACGUGUUUCUUUGGUUUUGGUUCGUUUUCGUUGCUUCGCUUCAACUAGUGAGCAUCUUUAUGUGGGUAUAUCGACUAGCGGUGCGACAAUCCCGCCUGCGUCUUCUGGUGCGCUAUUUGAAGAUCGCAGACGCAUACGAUGAGGGAAUGGAUCCUCUGUUGAUGCGAUUUGAGAUGACAUUUUUACGUCCCGAUGGUAGUUUCCUUUUGCAAAUGAUGCGUUUAAACGCUGGAAGCCUGAUCACUCAGGAAAUUUUGCAAGCAAUGCUCAAGCGUUAUACGCAGCAGGAGGAGUAUGCAUUGGCACAGCAAAAUAAGAAGGCCAAACAUCAGUAUCCUUCUGAUCGUUCUACCUCCGACAAAACUGGUCUGCUGUGCGCCGAAUCGAGUGAAUGCACUGUCACAAAGCGAUCUGACCCCAUAUAGGGUCGGUGUUCGGAGUAGCCUCCUUAUAUGCCUAUAUACUCAUUCUGCUAUUUGUCCCGUCCAAUUCCACUGCGGAAAAUCUCUGUAGUUCAAGUUGGAUGCAAUACUUCACUUCUCGUUUUCGCUUACUCAGGGUUCUUUCUCGCACAUGUAUUUAUUUUACUCAACACUUUGUAUUUGCACACCUUAACAUUGCUACUUUGUAUUGUGUUUGUACGAAUACGUUCCUUUUCAUUGGCCCAUCAUGGACCAAAACAUGUAAUGAUUCUUGUCUCUCACAUACCACUAUCACUUA